AUGCUGACCGGCUACAUACUGAGAGUAGCUGCUGUAAACAAAUACGGACCAGGAGAACCUGCCGAUACCUCGGUGAUCACCACUGGCAGCUUGUUCAAAGCUCCACAAAUCGACGAACAACCUGUCAUUUCUGACGUCAGUAGAGACGGUUGUGUAUUGAAAUGGAAUAAGCCUACAGAAGAUGGCGGAUCACCCAUAUAUGGGUAUGAUGUCUACAUUCGUGAGAACGGCGGUGAAUGGAUAAAGAUGAAUGACGAAUUGGUCUUUGCCAAUCGCUACGUCGUGGGAGAUCUUCAUUCAGAGAUUAGAUAUGAAUUCAAAGUAGAAGCGGUAAAUGAGGCUGGUCUCAAGUCGAACUCAAACCUCGCGUCCGAACCCCUGAUGAUCAAACAGACUCUAGGUUGUCCUACGGCGAUUCUGAACAUACCACGCGCUACCAUCACUGACGAGAACAGCGUCUUCGUCGAAUGGGAUGAAUGGGAGGAGGAAACAUCGUCCAUGUACACUGUAGCGUAUAAAUCUGAAGGGUCAUCGAUUUGGUCAGAGAUUGAUUGCUCAACGAACACGUGCUCAGUCGCAGAACUGAAGGAAGGAGUGUCCUACGUGUUCAAAGUUGCCCUUCGAAAUGAGGGAGGCAUAGGAGUGUUUUCAGAUGAAACUGAACCCAUUAAAGUUACACAAAAAGUCCCUCCUGUAAUUAUCAAACCUAUUCGAUCCGCUACGAUACCGAAGAAACGAGCAUUGCAACUUGAAUGCCAUGCGACUGCCGAGCCUGCUCCUGAGUACAUUUGGUAUAAAGACGGAAAAGAAAUCAUCAAUGAAGGGUACAUGAGCCUUCUCAUAAUUCACAGCGUGGACACUGGUGACACAGGUUCAUACACUUGCGAAGUGGAAAACCCUUAUGGAUCAGCAAAGUGUACUGCAACUGUCACCGUUACUGACGUGCGAUGCCACUUUGUGUCGUCCUUCUCAGAAUACAUCGAAGUUAUCGAGGGUCAGGAUAUUGAGCUUUGUUGCACUCUAUCUGACGAAGAUGGCGUUGUCGUGUGGUACAAAGACGGCAAGAAGCUUCAUGAAGACGAUCACCUUGUCAUCUCAGCUGAAGGUACGAAGAGAACAUUAAAAAUAUCAACCGUGAAGGACAACGACAAUGGGAUGUAUCGCUGCGAGACCUCUGACGGAAGAAGCAGAACUGAGGGAGAAUUGGUUGUGAAAGAAGAGGAACCCCACAUCAGUGUUGGUCCACAGGAUCUGACAGUGGAUCAAUUCGGAACCGAGGCACAGUUCCGCUGCGAGCUCACUAGACCGGCUCAGAGAGUGCUCUGGUACAAAAAUGAGCAGGAAAUCUGGCCACAGGCUAACAAAUAUGUUAUCACCACAGCAGGAAACGUUUCUACUCUUGAAAUUCGAAAUAUUGAUAAGAACGAUAUUGGAAAUUAUUCUGCUGCUCUGAAUGAGCGAGAGGUUUCGGCACCAGCUCACCUCAAGCUCGAGGUGGCUCCUAAAAUAAUAAUCCAAGAAAAUUUGGAAGAUGAGUUGGAAUUCAAAGCCCACGAGGAGCUCGCUUUCCAUGUUGAGGCAAUUGGUUAUCCGAACCCUACUGUCACCAUCCUGCACAAGGACUCUCGAAUUCAAAGCAGAGCGUCAGUCGAAGAGUACGAUAACGUCACUAGCGUUCGAAUGAAGAAUCUCAAUCGAGAUGACUGCGGCACUGUGAAGAUCACAGCAGAAAACUCGGUUGGAAUUGUGCACAAGGAAAUUCGUUUGACUGUUCUUGAUGUGCCUUCUGAGCCACUAGAUUUGAAUUCAUCAGAAACCACUAUGGACUCUACAGUUCUCUCAUGGAGUAGUCCCGAAAAAACGAAUGGGGCUCCGAUUACAGGUUUUAUCAUAGAGAGAAAGGCUGUUGACACCAGUAGAUGGCGGCCCAUUGGUAAAACCAACGCCAACACAAAGCGAUUCGAAGCAACGGAAUUAUUCAGCAGUCAAGUCUAUGGUUUCCGCGUCAUCGCUGUGAAUGCAGUGGGAGAAGGGCCACCAAGUCAGGCGAUUGACGUUCUUACUAAAGAGGACGAAGAAGUUAGGAUAAGUUCAUCCGCAAGUUCGCUUCUGUCCAUUCUUGACACCCCGGACACACCGGAGGCAAGUCUUGACGGAACAAAGGUUGUGUUGUCGUGGAAAGCAGUACCCGGAGCCAGUGUGUACCAGCUUGAACGACAAUGUGAUGGAGCUGAUUGGCGUGAAAUCGUCAACACAGACGGAACUGACUUUGUAGAUUCUUCUUUAACGCAAAACGGUUCAUUCUGCUAUAGAGUGAUCGCCAAAAGUUUAGACUCUGAAUCUAAGCCUAGUGACAGCACUGCUCCACUCUUAGUCAUACUUGAUGCUAGUAUUACCGAUUCUCGGGAACCAGAUCAAUUGAACGGCCAAGCCAUUCUCGAAGAUCUAGCCGUAGAAGGUAAGGAAGCAGUGAAUGGAGAAGUGGUCAAGAUUGAUGAUCACGAUCGCGAAGUUACAGUGGAUGGUGCAGUUGUUGCUCCAGAAGAAACGAAGCUGAAGAAAACUGAUGAGGAAAAGAAGGAAGAUACAGUUGAACAGCAGAAAGCUGCUGAAGAAAAGAAGAAGAAGAAAACGGUGAAGAAGAAAACGAAGGAUGUCGAAAAAGAAGCUAGUGCUCUAACUGAAAAGGCCCAAGAGGACAGUUCAGAAGUGGAGCAAAAGGUGGAAAAGGGCGGAUCAAUACAGGACGUGACGGAAGUUACACCUUUGAUCGUAGACGGCGUUACACCUCAACAGGAACUCCUAACGGACAAGGAAAAGGAAAAAGAGGAAAUCAAGGGGCUCGAUGAGAAGAAAGCUGAUAAGAAAGAAGAAAAGAAAAAGGAAAAAGAAGAAGUCAAAGCUGCAGAUGACAAGAAAAAGGACAAGGAGAAAGUCGAGGUGCCCGAUGAGAAGGAGGGAGACAAGGAGGUUAAAGUGCCUGAUGAGAAGAAAGCUGAAAAGAAAGAAGAAAAGAAAAAGGAAAAGAAGGAAGUCAAAGCUGAAGAUGAUAAGAAAAAAGGUGAAGAAAAGAAGGAAGUUGAAGCGGCAGAUGACAAGAUCAAGGACAAGGAGAAAGUCGAGGUGCUCGAUGAGAAGGAGGAAGCCAAGGAGGCUAAAGUGCCUGAAGAGAAGAAAGCUGAAAAGAAAGAAGAAAAGAAAAAGGAAAAGAAGGAGGUCAAAGCUGAAGAUGACAAGAAAAAGGGUGAGGAAAAACAGGAUAAGAUGGAAGUGCCGAAACUUGUGUUGGAACCCAUAAAUAGUGUUUUGAACUUGGAAUUAGGAGCCAGCGGUGAGCUGAAAGUAAAGGCAUCCGUACCAACACAAUUCCAAUGGACAAAAGAUGGUGGCUCAUUGCCCAGCGAGUUUAUCAUUAGUGGAAAUGAAACCUCCAGUACUGUCAAAAUCCUGCCAGCAAUCCAGGAAACAGCUGGUGAAUAUAAAUGUACAGCAAUUAGUUCUGAUGGAAGAAAGGUCUCAACAAGUAUCGUAGUGAAAGUUAUAGGUGAGGCUUCGAAAUGGCUAUAA